GAGUAUUCGUCAUCAGGAUAAAUACCCCAUACAUCUCCCUUUUUCUCCAUCGCCAAAUCUCUCCCCAUUUUCUGACCAGCAAAGAGCCCAGAUAACUAAAGCAAAUCAAACUCAGAAAGAGUUGCAGACAUAUAUAUACAAAGAGCUAGCUAAUUAUUUAAGAUGGUGAGAGCUCCUUGCUGCGAUAAGAUUGGUGUGAAGAAAGGGCCAUGGAGCCCAGAAGAAGACCAGAUUUUGAUCUCUUACAUUCAGAGAAAUGGCCAUGCCAAUUGGCGAGCUCUUCCCAAACAAGCUGGAUUGUUGAGAUGCGGCAAGAGUUGCAGGCUCAGAUGGAUAAAUUACCUUAGCCCGGAAAUAAAGAGGGGAAAUUUCACCAAGGAAGAAGAAGACGCAAUUAUCCACUUGCAUGAAACGCUUGGCAAUAGAUGGUCAGCAAUUGCUGCAAGAUUACCAGGUCGUACAGACAAUGAAAUCAAGAACGUGUGGCAUACCCACUUGAAGAAGAGGCUCUCAAAUUACGAGCCCCCCAUGAAGCCCAUUAAGCACCCAAAAACCACUACUGCCACGUCAGAAAAACAUUCCAACAUUAUUCAACAUGCUACGGGCCCCACCUCGCCCCACCAAACCUCCAGCGACGACAUGUCAUCGUCGUCGUCGGCGACAGAUUCCUCGGCCAUGACUGACACAAUAACGGAACAUCCGGCAAUGAUUAAGCUGGAAAACGCUGAUUCAGCGGAAGGGUUCGUGGAAAUUGAUGAGAGCUUUUGGACAGACGUGCCAAGUUUUGGGUCCCCAGUUUCCAGCCUGGAAAACUUUAUGGAACAAAGUGGGGGAGAUAUGAAUAUGAAUAUGGUGGAGGAUGACAGGGACUUUUGGUAUAAUCUUUUCGUGAGAGCUGGGGAAAUUUCGGAAUUAGCAGAGUUUUAAGGGCUGUUUUGGAAAUUAGAGGUGUAUAGGGGGGUGGGUAUAAUAUUUAGGGGGCAUUAUGUUAUUGACCGUUAACUCUCUCCGGGACAGAACAUUAAUCUGAAGAAAGAUAGGACAUACGAAACCAACAAAACUUUAAGGUUCUAUAUUCUUUAAUUUGUUUUUUCUUUUUCUUUUUAACGGAAGCAGAUAAUAUUGUAUUGAGUAUAGACUUGUAAUAAUGUUUAAUAAUAAUAAUAAUCAUAAGCUAAGCACCUUGUAAUAGAAUCAUUUGUUGUACAA